CCAUAUUAUAUAGAGACCUUAAGAUACCCCGAAAUCGGUGUACGGGUAACGGGUAGCGCCAUGUUUCAUUUUGCGAAGACGUCAUCGAUCUUACCCGGUAGACCCAGCCGUUUUUCCGGGGUAGACACCAGUUUACCCGUAGAAGAAUUACGAGUACGAGAGUACGAGAAGGACGAGCUACGUGAUGGAGAAACGAGAUCAACGAUGUCUUAUUCAGUAGACCUUUUAACACAUAAACGAAGACUUGAACUGGUUUGGAUCCCCUCUCCCCAGCCUCCGAAUGGCUCUAUCAUAGACACGUCCACAUCUCUCGACCAUCCGCCCAGGACAUCAAUGAUGAUAUUAAGUUGUUUGAUGGUGUAUCCUGGAUACUGCUGAGCCAUCUCCCACCUCAAAGGACCAUACUUUGCACUCUUCUCCUCGGUCUUCGUCAGCCGGUUGUCCAUCUAUGGGCACGGCAUCUCCACAGCUAUCAGCUCUUUCCUCUUGAUGUCAAUGAAAUGCGCAUCUACUCUGUUCUGCUUCACAAACCUGUGCACCGCAUACACUGGAACAUCCCAGAAAGUCUUGGCCUCCUGGGACUCAUAGACUGGNCA